AUGUACCGCCGUGAACGUGAAGUAGUGCCUUUAGCCGGCGGUAUCACGUCGCAAGAAUUGGAGAUUCAAGUAGUGAGGAAUCCAAAAAUAAGUACUGCUGAUGAGAGGCAACAUUCUAAAAGAGAUGAUGAGCUUGCACAGAGGAAUAUUACAAGGACAAAAUUAUCAAUAAUGAAGGAAAUUCUUGAUCUACGAGGAGCGUAUCUUCAAACGUUGAACAAGAUAUUUCUAACGUCAUGGGUGAUUGCAGUCAUAACAGAUCCAUUUUUCUUGUACAUUCCAACUCUAAACGAGGAAAAGAAGUGCCUUAGAAUGGACAAGAAUUUGGAGAUUGUAGCUCUUGUUUUGAGAUCUAUCACGGAUCUCUCUUACAUACUGCAUAUUGUUUUCCAGCUUCUUGUUGGAUUCCUGCCCAGGAACUCUGGGGAAUGGGAAGAAAAUGGUUUCCUCAAGUAUGCUUUGGCAAGAGCUAGGAGAUUUAAAUGGUCAUACAUCUUAAUUGACGUUCUAGCUGUUCUUCCUGUCCCACAGGUGGUAAUUUUAGUUUACUUUUCUGAGAUAAGGCAAGGCUUAAGACCAUCGAGUGCAAGGAAGCUCUUGUGUUACAUCAUUCUUCUAUUCCAAUAUGCACCAAGGGUUCUUCAAAUAUACCUAGCUUGUGAAGCACUUAAAAAGACUCGCGAUGCAUUCAGUGAAAUUAUAUGGGUUAGAGGGGCAUUCAAUUUGUUUCUCUACAUCAUUGCUAGUCAUAUACUAGGAGCAUUUUGGUACUUCUUUUCCAUUGAACAAGAGAUGGCGUGCUGGCAAAAUGCGUGCAAAAAUCAAAUUGGAUGUCUUCCUAGUGUCUUUAACAGCUGCAACGACAAUACUCCGAGGAAUUUGACAUUUGUGAAUGAUUUUUGCCCUAUGAAUCCACCUAACUCGACGGUCUUUGACUUUGGAAUAUUUCUCGGAGCCAUUCAAUCUGGUAUUAUUACCUCGUCAGAUUUUCCUAGUAAGUUGCUGCAAUGUUUUUGGUGGGGCCUGCGUAAUCUGAGUUCUUUUGGUUCAAACCUGGAAGCAAGUUCCACUGCAUGGGAAACCUGCUUUGCAGCUCUCAUUUCCAUGCUCGGCUUGCUUAUAUUUUUGUAUCUUAUUGGAAAUCUGCAGUUAUAUAUGCAGUUAUCAACUCAGAGAUCAGAAGAUAGAAGACACAAGAGGAAAGAUGAGAUUCAAAAGAUAGUAAAAGCAAGAGAACCUGACAUAGAUCUCUGGGCGUCCAUCCAUAAGCUUCGUGAGCCCGAAGAAGUAAAGACGGCGAUCAUGGCAUAUAUGCAAGAAUUUCUGGAACAUGAAAAGUAUCUUAAUUUCAAGAAACUGCAAAAGAAGCUGUACCCGUAUUUUCUCCAAGCUGAACAUCAACCAAAGCUAGAAAAUGGCCAUGGCCACCUUUCAACGCAAAAGGAAAACGACGACCAUUGUGCCAUGUGUGACCUACAAAUAAUAUAUUUGAAGUUGAAAGAUAUAAUUUCAGGGGAGACAAAACACCUGUGGAAUAAGACCGAAGAAACUGCAGAACUAUGGAUGUUGAAAAACGGCAUCCCUAAACAUAUCAUUCCCAUGAUCAAGAAAUGUGUACGACACAGAUUACAAAAUAAUAAUGAUGAUGUUGAUAUGGUGAAUCUGUUCUCAAUUCUUCCUAUCGAACUUCAAAGGACUAUCAAGCAACGCCUUUGCCUGAAUAUCCUGAAGAGGGUACCGGAGCUUCAAAAUGUGGAUGAGGAAGUGCAUGGAGAGAUCAUUAAACAUCUGAAGCCCGUGAUCUAUGCCGAGAACAGCUACAUAAUACGAGAAGGAGAGCCGAUUAGUCACAUGCUUUUUGUCACACAAGGCCUUGUGUGGGUCUUUGGCAAUGGUUCAAUCAUGAAGAUCGUAGCGAAAGGCGAUUAUUACGGAGAACAACUUCUGGAGUGGCAGUUGAGCUCAGCCUCCUAUACCGAGGUGCCGAUCUCCACCAAAAAUGUCCAGUCCCACACCAAUGUCGAAGCCUUGACACUCAAGGCAGUGGACCUGAAGCUCAUACUCACGAAGUACUGGUGGAAAUUCCCAAUCGCUAAGCAAUAUAAGGCCGAGCUUCUGAAGCGAUUUGCCGUCAGCGCAAUCGGAGAAGCAUGGUUGCGCUGCCGACGCAGAAGGCAAAAACUUCCGUCGCAUAAGUGGCCAAUCGUCAACCGGAAAAUUAGAGGUGUCACCGCAUGGAUGCCAUCGUGA